AUGAACCACUCGCCACUCAAGACCGCGUUGGCGUACGAAUGCUUCCAGGACCAGGACAACUCCACGCUGGCUUUGCCCUCCGAUCAAAAGAUGAAGACCGGCACGUCGGGCAGGCAGCGUGUGCAGGAGCAGGUGAUGAUGACUGUCAAACGACAGAAGUCCAAGUCUUCGCAGUCGUCCACCCUGAGCCACUCCAACCGAGGUUCCAUGUAUGACGGGCUGGCCGACAACUACAACAACUAUGGGACCACAAGCAGAAGCAGCUACUUCUCCAAGUUCCAGGCAGGGAACGGCUCGUGGGGAUAUCCGAUCUACAAUGGGACCCUCAAGCGGGAAUCCGACAACAGGCGCUUCAGCUCCUACAGCCAGAUGGAGAACUGGAGCCGGAACUAUCCCCGCGGCAGCUGUGCCACUACAGGCGCCGGCAGCGACAUCUGCUUCAUGCAAAAAAUCAAGGCGAGCCGCAGUGAGCCCGACCUCUACUGUGACCCGCGGGGCACGCUGCGCAAGGGCACGCUGGGUAGCAAGGGCCACAAGACCAUCCAGAACCGUUACAGCUUCUACAGCACCUGCAGCGGUCAGAAGGCCGUCAAGAAGUGUCCCGUGCGACCGCCCUCCUGCACCUCCAAGCAGGACCCGGUGUACGUGCCGCCUAUCUCCUGCAACAAGGACCUGUCCUUUGGCCACUCAAGGGCCAGUUCCAAAAUCUGCAGUGAAGACAUUGAGUGCAGUGGGCUGACCAUCCCCAAGGCUGUGCAGUACCUGAGCUCCCAGGAUGAGAAGUACCAGGCCAUUGGGGCCUAUUACAUCCAGCAUACCUGCUUCCAGGAUGAAUCUGCCAAGCAACAGGUCCUUCAGCUGGAGGGCAUCUGCAAGUUGGUGGACCUCCUCCGCAGCCCCAAUCAGAACGUCCAGCAGGCUGCUGCUGGGGCCCUGCGCAACCUGGUGUUCAGGAGCACCAAGAACAAGCUGGAGACCAGAAGGCAGAAUGGGAUCCGUGAGGCUGUCAACCUCCUGAGGAGAAGCGGGAGCACAGAGAUCCAGAAACAGCUGACUGGGCUACUCUGGAACCUGUCCUCCACUGACGAGCUGAAGGAGGAGCUGGUGGCCGAUGCCCUCCCUGUUCUGACUGACCGAGUCAUCAUUCCCUUCUCCGGCUGGUGUGAUGGCAACAGCAACAUGUCCCGGGACGUGGUGGACCCCGAGGUCUUCUUCAACGCCACGGGCUGCUUGAGGUACGAGAAGACGGAACCUAGGUCAUUCUUGGCACUUUGCCCCUCCUCCCUGGUCCUCUCCCGCAGGAACCUGAGCUCUGCUGAUGCUGGCCGCCAGACCAUGCGGAACUACUCUGGGCUCAUUGACUCCCUCAUGGCCUAUGUCCAGAACUGUGUGGCUGCCAGCCGCUGUGAUGACAAGUCUGUGGAGAACUGCAUGUGUAUCCUGCAUAACCUCUCCUACCGCCUGGAUGCCGAGGUGCCCACCCGCUACCGCCAACUGGAGUACAACGCUCGCAACACCUACACUGAGAAGUCCUCCACUGGCUGCUUCAGCAACAGGGGAGACAAGAUGAUGAACAAUAACUACGACUGCCCCCUUCCUGAGGAGGAGAGCAACCCCAAGGGCAGCAGCUGGCUGUACCACUCAGAUGCCAUCCGCACCUACCUGAACCUCAUGGGCAAGAGCAAGAAGGAUGCAACCCUGGAGGCUUGUGCCGGGGCCCUACAGAACCUGACAGCUAGCAAGGGGCUGAUGUCCAGUGGUAUGAGCCAGUUGAUUGGGCUAAAGGAAAAGGGCUUGCCACAAAUCGCCCGCCUCCUGCAAUCUGGCAAUUCAGAUGUGGUGCGGUCCGGGGCCUCUCUGCUGAGCAACAUGUCCCGCCACCCUGUGCUGCACAGAAUGAUGGGAAACCAGGUGUUUCCAGAGGUAACCAGACUCCUCACCAGCCACACUGGCAACACCAGCAACUCUGAAGACAUCUUGUCCUCAGCUUGCUACACUGUGAGGAACCUGAUGACCUCGCAACCGCAGAUGGCCAAGCAAUACUUCUCCAGCAGCAUGAUCAACAAUGUCUUCAACCUGUGUCGCAACAGUGCCUCACCCAAGGCUGCAGAGGCUGCCCGGCUCCUCCUGUCUGACAUGUGGGCUAGCAAGGAGCUGCAAGGUGUCCUCAGGCAGCAAGGUUUCGAUAGGAACAUGUUGGGAACCAUAGCUGGGGCCAACAGCCUCAGAAACUUCACCUCCCGGUUCUAA